AGAGACAAAAUAAACACGGCAAGGGAUUUUUUAUGAGAAAUUAAUAUUUCAUUUCCAUUCUGUUUUUUACUUUCUUUGAGCGUGGUUGUUUCGCGUUGUGGUUUGCGCUAAUUGGAAAAAAUAAAAGAAACAGUGUUGUUGAAGACAAGCGAACGAGAAGUUGGUAGCCAUUGCCCAAUAUAUUAGUGCGAAAAUAAUUUAAACAAGAAAAAAAAGAAAAAGUAAAUAUUGUGUUGUGCUGAUUUAAACAAAAAUAUUAAAAAGAAAAAAUCAAAUAAAAUAUGUAAGCAGUAAAUAAGCGAAGAUUUAGAAUUGCAUGCAAAGGAAAAGCAAAAAGAUGAAAUGCUGAAAAUCAAUAACAAAGCAAAUAAGGAGUGCAUUUUGUGUCGUAGUGAAAAGUGGUUAAUUUUAAAGUGUUAAUUAAACAAAGAAAAUUAAAUAAAUAUACACGAGAUUCAAUACCAACAGAAAUGAAAAAAGUUACGAGUAAAGCAUUUAACGGUGCAGAAAAAAACAGUGAAUAAGUAAAAAGUAAACACGUAUAAACGGCGAAUAAACGGCGAAUAAGGUCAAAAUAAAGAACGAUUUUGCGGCUCGAACUGAUUCAUCCUACCACUUGGCAACGCGCAGCGGGCAGCGAUUGGCAGUUAGCCGCAGUUUCUGCGGGUGUUUUUGCUGAAAAUUCAAAAUAUAUAUUAGCAGACAUGGACGUCGGUAGUACCAGAAAUGGAGGAGUUACCGCCAUUUCCGACUUUGAAUACACAGCUCAAGAACCCGAUGAACUCGAUCUUGUUAAAGGUGCUAUAAUCUGUAACGUAAAACAGCUGCCUGGCGGCUGGUGGGAGGGUACGCUUCAAUCGAAUGGAAAGACUGGCAUGUUUCCGGACAACUUUGUGCGGAUUGUGGAAACAAGUGAAGAUAAUAGCGUUACAUUAAGAGACAAAUCCGCUACAGCGAAUCGUCGCUGCAAAGUCAUCUACAGCUACACACAAGUCAAUGAUGACGAGUUAACGUUGGCCGUGGGUGAUGUCAUUGAAUUCCUAGGGGAGGUCGAGGAAGGCUGGUGGCGUGGACGUUUAAAAAAUAAAACCGGUGUGUUUCCUUCAAAUUUUGUUGUCGCUAUUGAGCCAUCACCGAUAUUUGCCAGUAAAAGACCACCAACGAUGUCAACAGCGCAAGCAGCUGUGAAAUCGGCUGCUCCACCUACAGCUGCAAAUACGGUUGGUGGAAUGGUAGCAUCAGCUUUAAAUUCAACGAAAAAAACAAAUCGCCUUAGCUUCCAUAGUUCCAAAGAAGAUUUACUUAGUUCUACAGUUGUUACAACAACGACCACAACUGCAACGUCAUCUGAAGAUAUGGCACCAACGUUGCCACCGAAACCACAUCGUGAAUAUUGUCGUGUUGAAUUUCCUUAUGCACCGCAAAAUGAUGAUGAAUUGGAAUUGAAAGUUGGCCAUAUUAUAACUAUAAUUUCUAUGGAAUUACCCGAUAAAGGUUGGUGGAAAGGCGAACUGCGUGGCAAAGUUGGCGUAUUUCCCGACAAUUUCGUUAAACUGAUGGCACCAUCAGAGGUUUCACCUUUACAUGAUUCACAAAGUCACAGAACUGCCAAAAAUAUCAACACAAAUAUACCAACUGCUGCACCGUCGUCAGCAUCAGCAUCAGCAACAACAACAGCAACUGCAAGCACUACAGUAUCCAACGUUUCAACUUCAAAUUCCACUUCAAAAGUUUUUAUUAAAAAAUCUGGUAGUAAUUCAUCUACGCAGAGUUCUAAUCGUAAAGACAGUUUUGGUUCAAGGGACUCACUUAAUGACAUACUAUCCGAAACUGGUUUGCAAAGUGGAAACGUUGCAGCGCAACGUAAAUCUUUGGAAAAUAAAAAUUUAGAUUUAUCAAACGCACCCGAUGGUAGCGGUAGCAAUCGUUUGUUAGUGAAAAAAUUCGAAACGAAAACAGUGCACUCUUCUAGUAGCAACAUCACCACAAGCAGCACUGCCAUGUCUACAAACAUUUCCACAAGUGAACUUCGCAAGAGUAUAGAAAAUUUAGAUGAGAAAUUAAAGACUCCACCACCUGUACUUACCAAGAAACCAACAAUACCAACUAAGAAAUCCACAACAGUGACAAGUGUUGCUGGCAACCUUUUAUCUGGACUCAAACAAAAAGUUAAAAAUGUUGAAAAUAAACUAACCACAUCAGCCUCGCAUGAUUACGCAGACGGCAUAGCUAGCAGCAGAAUGCAGAGUGGUAGUAGUGGUUUACCUGAUCUUGCACCCAGCGGUAAUGUUGUGAUGCGACGUGCAGCAACUGUUGAUGCAGAUACAGAUUUCGAUCGCGUUGAACGCGCUUCUAUACUAACAGAUAUGCGUGCAGGACGCGUAAAGGCACCAAAACGACGACCACCAUCAGCCGCUAUGAAUAUAGUGGGUGAAAGUAAUAACAAUUCAGUGUAUGUCAAUGGUAGCGGUGGUUCUAGUGGCACAGAACAACACUCCACUGAUGAUGGUAAACCACAAUCGUCAGAUGAUAAUUCAUUAAGUGAAGAACAACAACUAAUCAAACCAAAACCACGUGAAUGGGAGAAGAAAAAAGCACCAUGGAUGGCAGAAUUAAAGGCAUCACAAGUUAAAAAGAAAACAUCACCAAAUAUAGAACCACGCACUAUCGGUACUGAAAGUACUAAUGCAACUGGUAGCACAGUGGCUGAACGUACAUCAAAACUAUUGGGUGAUGAUACAAAAAUCAGUAAUAGUUCUAGUGCAAGUAGUUCGAGUAUAAGUUCGAGUACUACAACUAAAGUGCAAUCAUCUUCUGUAACAUCAAGCGUAAUGCAACAAUCAAUGACUGUUGAAAGUAGUCAACAAAUGCAUAAGAAAGAAUUAAAUACUACAACAACAAUGGAUGCAAUGAGCAAAAGUAUGAGCAAUAAAUUAGCUGCGGAAAUUGCAACAACAACUACAGCAACAACAAAUGAUGAUGUACGUACACGUCCCAAUAGUCUAUCGAUACGUAAUCGUAGUAUAUCACCUUCAGUAAAUAGUACACGAUCAAGUGCUUCGAAGAGUUCAGCCUCACCAGCAACUGUAAAUAUGGCUGAUGGUAAUAGUGAAGCGCCCAAUAAUAGUAAUUCUAUAAUAUCUGCUGUCAGUUCUACAGCGGCUAAAACAACGAUUGUCAAUAAUCAUCAUGCGCAUACAAAUAAUAACGCCGCCUCCACAAGCACAACGACAGUACAUGAGAAUAAUGUGGCCACUGUAAGUGGAAAGUCAAGUCACGAUAGUGCACGUGUGCAAGAGCUUGAAAAACGCGUUGAUAAAUUGGAAACCAUAGUAAAUUCACAGCAACGCACUAUUGACGAACUCAUACGUACACUCCGUGAAGAAACCGAUCGUGUGAAGGUGCUGCGUGGUGAACUUGAUAAAUAUGCACAGUGCGUGACACAAGUUUAAUUUUAAUUGUUUUAUAUGCUCGCUAUGUAGUUACAUUAAAAAAAAAAUCAAUGAUCAAGCAAUCUUGUAGAACCUUAGAUAAUGUUACGUUGCAUUUGUUCUUUUAGCAUUCCGAGUUUAUUUUAGAUAAAAUUAUUGUAUUUGUUUUAUAUGCAUAGACCAUAUAUGUAGAGAGAGGAAUAAACUUUUCAAAAGUGGCACAUAAAUUUAUUUAAAGUUAAAAUAAUGUAUACUGUAUUUUUUCUUCUAUUUUUC